UUGCCCUAGUAAUCUUUGUGGACAUUUGAACCUUUGUUGUGGACCUUACUUGGCCUGUUAUCGCCCAGUUACGCCAGUUACGUAGCAUCCUUCAAUUCAAGCACCAUGUCGUUUCGCCCGUUAGUCGAAGGCGACUGCGGCGGCGUGAAUCCGCUGAUGCAGCUGGGCGGCCAGUUUACUCGCGAUGCAGCCUACAAGGACGAGGGCUUUGUGCAGCGCCAGUUCGAGCGAAGCGCUCGCCCCGAGGACCAGUUAAUCAGCGAGUUCCUUGGACAGGUGGCCGCCCCGCCACAGUCCUUUCAGAUGGACACGCUGCUCCAGGAGAUGCGGGACAUCAACAUCCAUGGAAAUGCCCAGCAGCAACAGGAACUAAUGCAGAUUCAGCAGGCGGAGCAGUGGGGUCAGGACUUUGCCCGUGGCCUGGCGCCCCCUCUGCCCAACAAGAUGAUCCACAUGCAGCCUCAACAACAGGACCUGCAGCACGCCCAGGAGUUCUUCGACGAGCCGCUGAUCAGCAGCCAGAACUUCCGUCCACUGCAGCGGCAGCCUCUUAUGGCCAUAACGGCCGGACAGCAGCAGGAUCCCUUCUUCGACUCGGGCAUGGAGACCAUAAUUACGGACAACUUACCCCGGGCGCCACAAGGCGAGUCACUGGAGGACUGGAUCAGCGACUACCAGCGCAACGCUGAGCAGAAGGAGCAAGCCACCUCCAACUUCAACGAGAAGUUCUGGCAGCGCCUACAGGACGAGUGGCAGAAGCUGGCCGACGAAAAUGAACACCCGUGGCUGUCGGAAUACAACGAUAACAUGGAUGCCUACAAGGAGUAUGAGUUUGCCGAGGAAAACCCCAUGUCUGAAUUGGAAAACGCUUUUGAGAAGGGCAAGGAGUACCUGGCAAAGGGCGACAUUCCUAGCGCCGUCCUCUGCUUCGAGGUAGCGGCUAAGAAGCAGCCAGAGCGCGCCGAGGUCUGGCAGCUGCUGGGCACCUCGCAGGCGGAGAACGAAAUGGACCCGCAGGCCAUAGCAGCGCUAAAGCGGGCAUAUGACCUCCAGCCGGAGAACCAGCAAGUUCUGAUGGCCCUAGCGGUUUGCUACACCAACGAGGGCCUACAGAACAACGCUGUGCGAAUGCUGUGCAGUUGGCUGGCGGUCCACCCCAAGUACCAGCACCUAGUCGCCGCCCAUCCAGAGUUGCAGAUCGAGGGAAAUUCGCUUGCCUCUUCGCUGAUUGGUCCGAGCAAACUGCGCGACCUUCAGCAGAUCUACUUGGAGGCUGUGCGCCAGCACCCGUCUGAGGUGGAUGCCGACGUCCAAGAAGCCCUCGGCGUGCUGUACAACCUUUCUGGGGAGUUUGACAAGGCGGUCGACUGUUAUCAGUCGGCGCUGCAGGUCGAUCCCCAGAACGCUAAGACCUGGAAUCGUUUGGGCGCCAGCCUGGCCAACGGGUCGCGCUCUGUGGAGGCGGUCGAGGCUUAUCAGCAGGCGCUCCAGCUGCAGCCAGGCUUUAUCCGAGUACGCUACAACGUGGGUGUCUGCUGCAUGAACCUUAAGGCCUACAAGGAGGCGGUGGAGCAUUUGCUGACGGCGCUUACCAUGCAGGCGCACACAAACGCCGCUAGGGAGCUGCCGAACGCGGCGAUGGCCGCCACCAAUAGUGGCCAAAACCAGAUGUCCGAGUCCAUUUGGAGCACCGUCAAGAUGGUCAUCUCGCUAAUGGGACGCAGCGAUCUUCAGGGUCAUGUGAGCGAUCGCAAUCUGGUGGCCCUCAACGAUGCCUUUAAGGACUAACAAAGCUGCUAUUAUUCUCAAGUUCUAGCAGGCCCACUUGAUUUAUGUAUAUUUUUCUAUGGUUUAAUUUGUAAGAAAUUAAAUACUUCUGUGGUAUCCAAGGAUAAAUAUUUAAUCAUUCCUUA